AUGAUGGUGGCUGCCGUUUCUGAAACAACAACCAGAAAUCAAACAAGACCUCCAUUGUUGCCUUCGGAAAAAGAUAAUGGUAUCAGUAUCACUACCCCUAAUAAGUCAAUUAGACAUAAACCACGACAAGUUUCUUCAAGAUACCUUUCUCCUUCUCCUUCAACUUCUUCAAAUCCAAAUUCAAUUUCAAUUUCAAAUUCAAAUUCAUCAUCUCUACCCACAUUACGAAGGUCGCCUUCCCCUUUAAUUUCAAGAAAUUCAACUACUCCGGCACCAAAACGGUCGGUUUCCGCUGACCGGAGACGACCCAUCAGGGCGGAUCUUACGCUGAAACCCAACAAUGCCGGUGGUGGCGCCGGAGAUGCGUUGUCGGCGGCUACUAAACUUCUGGUUACAUCUACGAGAAGUUUAUCUGUGUCGUUUCAAGGCGAAGCGUUUUCUCUACCGAUUAGUAAAACCAAAGUAACUCCACAAUCCCCAAAUUCAAAUACAGUAAGAAAGGGUACCCCUGAAAGAAAGAGAACUCCGACUCCCACCCCUAUGAGAACGACGGUUGACGGCGGCGGAGGAGAUCAUCUCGAAAACACUAAACCGAUAGAUCACCACCGGUGGCCUGGCAGAAUCCGGCAAGCAAACGUCACCGUUUUAUCGAAAAGUUUGAGCUUGGAUUGUGGGGUUGAAAAGAGCACGAUAAACUCUUCCGGGAAUGUAAUUAGACCUUCUUCACACCAAUCGAAUCUUGAUUUUGAACAUUCAAUCGAUCUUUUAAACCAUUUUCAACAAAACCCAGAUGGGAAUUCAUUCAAAGAUUCCGAUACAGAUAGCGUAUCAUCUGGUAGCACUUCAGGAAUUCAAGAAAAUCGUUCAAGAAUCGGGCCUAGAGGGAUUAUCGUAUCACCAAAAUUUUGGCAAGAAACUAAUAGUAGAAUAAGGAGAUUACAAGAUCCAAGUUCACCACUUUCAACAAGCCCAAAAUCAAAACUCAUAACCCCACAAAAACUUUCAAUCUCUAAAAAAUUCUUGCCUGAAAUCAGUCCAUUAUCAUCACCAAGAACAAUCGCUUCCCCAAAUAGAAUGCGCCCAUCAUCACCAAAGGGAAAAAAUGAAGAUAUAGUGUUGAAGCAGAAACAUAGUGUCGAGGAAAAUUUAUGGAAUGCGUGGAUUACAAUAUCGGAUUUACGUGACUCCGUGACUAAAAAAAGACAUAGGUUGCAAUUAUUGAGACAAAAAUUGAAGUUAGCAUCUAUUCUUAAGGCACAAAUUAUUUUUCUUGAAGAUUGGGGAUAUUUAGAUAAAGAUCAUUCAAUAUCAUUACUUGGAGCCAUUGAAGCUUUGAAAGCAAGCACACUUCGUCUUCCCGUUGGUGAAGGAGCAAGUGCUGACCUCCAAAGCAUGAAAGAUGCCAUAAAUUCGGCACUCGAUCUCAUUCAAGCAAUGGGUUCAUCAACAAGAUCACUUUGUUUGCAGGUCGAAGAAGUGAAUGUUAUGGCGGCUGAGCUUGCAAAAGUGACUGCAAAAGAGAGAGCUUUGCUUAGGAUUUGCAAAGAUUUCUUGUCAAUUUUAUCGACUCUCAAGGUGAAGGAUUGUAGUUUGAGAACACAUAUGUUGCAAACAUGUCGUGCUUAAAGUGAAGUUACUUUGACAAUCAUUACCCCUAACAUUACUUAAAAACUAUUAAGUAGAUGAUUUUCCACUUUCCCCUUUCCCCUUUGUGGUUUAUUUUAAUUUUAAUUUUAAUUUUUUUUUUAAAUCUUUUGGUGGCGGAGGGGAAGAAACAAAGGCGUUGUUUGUGUCGUGUUUGUAUCUUCCUAAUCGAUGUAAAUGUAUAUAUGAACAUAUGUAAUUUUACCAAUUCUUUUUAGGUUCAUUUGUGAUGUUAUGAGCUCUUCGGCUUUGUUUUGUUUGUGAUGUAAAUAAAUUGAAUGAUGCAAGUGCUAUACACAAUGGAUAAAAUUGCAUAUGUGAACCAUGAAUGAUAUAGUAAG